AGCAAGGGAACUUAUGUUGCAGAUGUUGUGAUGCCUUUACUUCGGGCAACCCUAGAGGAUUUUCCAGAUGGUAAUCUCUGCUUGAGCACAGCAGAGCGCCAAAGUUUGGCGAGUAAGGCUCAGAGGAAUCCCAGAAUUGAAAAAAAGCUGGAUGUCAUGGUGUUGGUAAAGCAUGAACAGAAGGUCGAUGAGCUUGUAUAUACCGAUGAAGAAAAGACUAAAAACUUAUCCGAAACUGUUUCAUUACAAGAAUUAAAUUCAAAGCUUAUUGUCAUAAUUGCAGAACUUAGAAGGGAGAAUUCUGAAAUCAAGACUGAGAACAUCGAACUUAAAGCUGAGAAUAGUAUGGUGUGCAAUCAAAUCGUUACUAAUGUUUCGCAAGAUGUAGAACCUGGAAUCUCUGAUUCAUAUCCUGUAAAUUCUAAUGAUGUUCCUGAAGAUAUAAAUUUACUAUGUGAUGAUAUUGAUAUAACUAAUAAUGCUUCAAAUUCUGAUGAACAUCAAGAAGAAACUUCAUCUCGAGUCUCCAAUUUAUCUUCGACUGCAUUAGCCAUAUGCGUAAAGCCUAAAUCAUUAGAAGGUAAGGAAAUAGAUAAUUUUCUGAUUGAAAAGCAUAAUGAACAGAUUUGUAACGAAAUAAGAGAAAAAAAGCUUCAACAUAGGCCACCUACUGAAAGUUCUCCAAAAGAGGACACUUACAUAUUUAAUAUUAAAUCUAGUAUUCCUCCCGAGCAGAAAAAGGAGCAAGGUUUAAUACAAGAGAUUUCAACAUCCAUUAAAGAUCAGAAUGAUAUAACUAGAAUUUCACAGAACAAUGUUCGUCAAAAUCAUAUGACUGAAGUCGCUUCAGACCAAGAUAUCAUUUGUUUAUACCAAAAUGCAU